GUUUCGGUCAAAAAAAAUCUCAACUUGAUCAAUGAGCAAGGCCAUGGGCAAAAUUCACUACCUUUUCUUGAUAAAUUUUAGCUUAGUUUCGUUAGCCAUGAUGGCUGCCGGCAACAGUAAUGUUACAACGGAUCAAUUAGCGCUUCUUGCACUAAGAGAUCGCAUGAUCAAUUCAGAGCCUCGAGAAAUCUUGGCAAAAAACUGGUCCAUUACCUCCUCCGUCUGUGAUUGGAUAGGGGUCACCUGCGGCUCUCGACACCACCGAGUGACUGCCUUGAAUAUCUCAAAUAUGAACCUUACUGGUACCUUACCUCCUCAACUUGGGAACCUGUCCUUUCUGGUUUCCCUUAACAUUAGCAAGAACAAUUUCCAUGGAGAGUUGCCCCGUGAGUUAGUUCACUUGCGCAGAUUGAGAUACCUUAAUUUUAAGAUCAACAAUCUCGGUGGAGAGCUUCCCUCCUGCUUUGGUUACUUACAUAAACUCCAAUACCUGUCUCUCGCAAACAAUAGCUUUUCGGGUUCUAUCCCGCCUUCCAUCUCUAACAUGUCAAAAUUGGAGACGCUAUAUCUGUCUUUCAAUUCCAUUGAGGGGACCAUUCCAACAGAAUUUCAGAAUCUUCAUAAUUUGAAGACUUUGAUUAUUGAGUGGAAUCAGCUUUCCGGUCCUUUGCCUCUCCAUGUAUUCAACAUUUCCUCACUGGAAAACAUUGCCUUCUGGAAUAACAACCUAUAUGGCACUCUUCCGGACGACAUCUGUCAGCGCCUUAAGAAACUCACAUGGCUUAAUCUAGCGGACAACAAUUUGAUCGGUCGAAUACCUUCAACGGUGUCUCAGUGUUCACUGCUUCGGUAUCUUUGCUUGUCUGGGAACCAUUUCACUGGACCGAUACCCAUGGGAAUUGGGAACCUGACAAUGCUGGAGGAAAUACUCCUGCAGACGAACAAAUUAACAGGUGCAAUUCCAAAUGAAAUAGGGAAUCUUACUAUGUUGAAGACUUUAAAUUUUUGCAACAACAAGUUGACAGGUGCAAUUCCAAAUGAAAUAGGGAAUCUUACUAUGUUGACGAUUUUAACUUUUCGCGACAACAAGUUGACAGGUGUAAUUCCAGCUGAAAUAGGGAAUUUACUUAUGUUGACGGCUUUAGACUUUCAUAACAACAAAUUGACAGGUGGAAUACCCGAAAAUAUUGGGAACCUUCACAGAUUGGAGGAGCUUUAUUUAUACAACAAUACACUAUCGGGUUCCAUACCGGCAGCAAUUUUUAACAUUUCAUCUCUCCAACAUAUUGAACUUAAUCAGAACAAAUUCUCAGGACCUAUUCCUUUGACAGCGAGUAAUAAGCUAAGCAAUUUGGAGUCUCUUCUUCUUGAUGACAAUUACUUGAGCGGAGUUAUACCUAGCACCAUCUCAAAUGCUACUAAGCUAGUUUUUUUGGGGCUUUACAAUAAUGAGCUCACAGGUUCAAUCCCCACCUCUUUAGGAAGUUUAAGAAAUCUAAAAUUUCUAGGCUUGGCUCGCAACAAGCUGUCAAGUCAAUCCUCAGAAUUGAGCAUUUUCACUUUCUUGACGAGUUGCAGAACUUUGAAAUAUUUAGUGUUGGAUAAUAAUCCUCUAAAUGGUUUUCUACCGGCUUCCUUUUCUAACUAUUCGACUUCACUUGAAGCCAUAAGUGCAAACAGUUGUAAAAUCAAAGGAAACAUCCCAGAUGGAAUCAGCAAUUUGAGCAGUUUAGUGCUACUAGAAUUUUCAGGUAAUGAAUUGAUUGGAUCUGUCCCAAGAACUAUGCAUAGUCUGGCAAAUCUUCAGGUGUUGUACUUGGACUCCAAUCAAAUAAGAGAUGUCUUGGACAUUUUCUGUGGAUUACAUAGUUUGGGGUUGUUAGACUUGAGCCAAAAUCAAAUUUUUGGUAGUAUCCCAGAAUGCUUAGGAAAUAUGACAAAUUGGAGACAGCUUUACUUGGACACCAAUAGGUUGACUUCUAUGAUACCUGCUACCCUAUUGAGCAUGAAAGAUCUCCAAAUUCUCAACCUUUCAUCAAAUUUCUUAAGUGGAUCACUACCUCUAGAGAUCAGGAACCUCAAAGCAACGUACAGUUUGGAUCUCUCGUCUAAUCAAUUGUCAGGCAUCAUUCCUACUACAAUUGGGAUGCUACAAGUUUUACAGAACCUUUCAUUGGCGAGAAAUAAUUUGCAGGGCUCCAUACCAGAAUCAUUUAGCCAUAUGGUCAACUUGGAAUUCUUGGACCUUUCACACAAUAAUCUCUCUGGUGUGAUACCCAAGUCAAUGGAGGCACUCAAAUCUCUUAAGGAAUGCAAUGUUUCUUUUAAUAGAUUAAGUGGCGAAAUUCCUAGAGAUGGUCCCUUCAGAAAUUUUACAGGUCAAUUGUUCAUGAACAAUGAAGGACUCUGUGGUGACCCAAGGAUUAGUGUUCCACCAUGUCAGAGUAAUUCAAUUAGAAGAUCGAGCAAAAGAAAGGUGCUUCUACUUGUCAUUAGUGUGUCAGGGAUUGCAGCAAUACUGAUAAUAGCAAUUGGAGCAUUAUUGAAUCUAAGGUGGCUAAAGAAACCAAAGAGUUCUGGUGGAACAGAGUUGAUGUCAAUGGAAAAAUAUGAUAGAUUUUCAUACUAUGACCUUUUGCGCUCAACUGAUAACUACAAUGAAAGCAAUUUGCUUGGAGAAGGGAGCUAUGGUUCUGUUUACAAAGGGAUCCUAAGCGAUGGCACUGUUGUGGCUAUCAAGGUAUUCAACUUGCUAGCGGAAGAUUCAUUAAAAAGCUUUGAUAGAGAAUGCGAGGCACUAAAGAGUUUACGCCAUCGAAAUCUUACAAAAGUGCUCGGCUGCUGCUCUAACCCUGAUUUUAAAGCCUUGGUACUCAAAUACAUGCCCAAUGGGAGUCUUGAGAAGUGGUUGUACUCUCACAACCAUUUUUUAGAUAUGUUUCAAAGAAUAAACAUAAUGAUUGAUGUUGCUUGUGCAUUGGAAUAUCUCCAUUAUGGUUGUCAUACUCCUGUGGCACAUUGUGACUUGAAGCCCAGUAAUAUCUUGCUUGAUGAAGAUAUGGCUGCUCAUGUAAGUGAUUUUGGUAUAGCAAAAAUGUUUGGCCAAGGAGAAAGUAUUUUGUAUACCAACACCCUCGCAACACUGGGAUACAUUGCACCAGAGUAUGGAUCCGAGGGGAUGGUUUCGACAAGAAUCGAUGUAUACAGUUUUGGAAUAGUUUUGAUUGAAACUUUUUCCAGGAUGAAGCCUAGUGAUGAAAUGUUUUCAGGAGAUUUAAGCCUUAAAAGCUGGGUAGAAGAUUGUCUUCCUGAUGCACUUCAAGUGGUUGAUGCGAACUUAAUAAGGCCAGAGGAUCAGCAUUUCACUCACAAGCUGAAGUGUGUUUUAUUGAUCAUGAACUUGGCUCUAAACUGCUGUAGAGAAUCUCCAGGGGAAAGGAUGAACAUGAAAGAUGUUUUAGCAAAUUUGAAGAAGAUUAAACACCAGCUUCUUAUGACACCAACUCUCAGACCUUGAGUGGAUCAAAUACAAUGUUUUGACCAGAUCAAACAGAUAUUGCUAUAUAAUUCAAAAGCUUGAUUAUUUUGAAGGCUCAAGAGUUAUGUACUUGAUUCCAUGGGUGCCAUUAUAUAUGCCGAAUUUGGACUUUCAGUUAUGGGGCAUAAUAGAUAAUUGGUUUUAUUUUGCUUUCUUUGAAUUUUGAUUAAAUUCUUGGUUACUUCUUAUGUGGACCUGAUUAUGUAUCUUUUAGCCUUAUCAUGUAUUAAGAUUGCAAUAAAUGUUUCGUUUCUACAAAUGAAUGCAUCAGGUUGCUUAGGUUCCUCUCUAAA